GCCUGACUGUGUCACGUGAUGGAGGAAUGGUGGGCGGGACGCAGAGUGUAGCGCGCCCGGUAGUGGCGCAGUUCGGGAAGGUUUGAAUGUAGUGAGAGAAGUAGCGGCAGUCACGUGACAGCGGCGGGCCCCCGGUGUGCCGGGAACGUAACAGCAAUGGGCAAAAGAAAGGAAACCAGCCCACUGGGUGCCUCUGGACACGGUAAAAGAGCAAGGCCAGAUGAUGAUGAUCAAGAUUCUUCUUCUGGAGAGGGGUCUCAGGCAGUCACUGCUGAUGUUGGGAUCAUUGAAAGCAUUUCCCUGAAGAACUUUAUGUGUCAUGCAAUGCUUGGACCCUUUCGAUUUGGACCAAAUGUCAACUUCGUUGUUGGGAACAAUGGAAGUGGUAAGAGUGCUGUUCUUACAGCUCUGAUUGUGGGUCUGGGCGGCAAAGCUGCUACAACCAACAGAGGUUCAUCAAUAAAAGGAUUUGUCAAAGAUGGACAGACGUCUGCGGAUGUAUCCAUAACAUUGCGUAAUCGAGGCGCAGAUGCUUUUAGACCUGAAGUGUAUGGAGACUCUAUUGUUGUUCAGCAGCAUUUAACUAUAGAUGGAAGUCGCAAUUAUAAACUAAAAAGUAAAACAGGAACCAUUGUUUCGUCAAAGAAGGAAGAACUUGUCUCAAUCCUAGACCAUUUUAACAUACAGAUUGACAACCCAGUGUCUGUUCUAACUCAAGAAAUGAGUAAACUGUUUUUGCAGUCGAAGAAUGAAUCUGACAAGUACAAGUUUUUUAUGAAAGCUACACAGCUGGAACAGAUGAAGGAAGAUUAUUCCUACAUCAUGGAAACAAAGGCCAGAACAGAUAACCAAAUUAAUUUUGGUGAAGAGAAACUGCAAGAGCUUAAGCAGGAUUGCAUAGUAAAAGAGGAUAGAUUUAAAAAUCUGGCAUCCUUGGGUGAAAUGAAGGAGAAGUUAGAAGAUCUCAGCCGUAACAUGGCCUGGGCAGUGGUAAUCGAGAUGGAGAAACAGCUAAACCCAGUUAGGGAACAAAUAGCUGCAGAAGAGGGGCGCACAGUGAAGUUUGAGCAGAAGAUCAGUGAAUGGCAGGAAAAAGUUAACAGUUGUGAUGGAAAUUUCCGAGAUAUACAGGGGAAGCUGGAAAUGAUCAGCCAGGAGGCUCAGGCAUUGAAACCACAGUGCUUAGCAUUAAAAGAUGAUGUGCAGCAAAGGAAGAAGGCCUACAAUGAAUCUGAGGUCCUAUUUAAUAGGCACAGGCUGGAACUAAGACGUCUGGAAAGGGAUGCACAGCAGCUGCAGAUGCGCAUUGAAGAGUUGCAGAACAGCGCUGAUAAUGCUUCUGAAGAAGAAAAGAUGGAGAGACUGAGACAAAUAGACCUGCUGAAGCAUAAAGUGAUAGAACUAGCAGCUCAAGACGUCACAACUACUGAGCAGAUGAACCAGUUCCAGCAUGCAAUAUACAGGGACAAAGAAGAGCAAACCAACCUGCUUAAUCAAGAGCGGGAUCUCAAAUAUCGGAUGGAUAGACUAAGAAGGCAAAUAAGGGAAUUUCAGGACAGCAGAACAGACAGACUGAAGAGAUUUGGCCAAAAUAUGCCAUCUCUUUUAGCAGCAAUUGAUGAGGCCUUCAGACAGGGCCGUUUCAGGAAAAAACCCAUUGGACCUUUGGGUUCUUGCAUUCGUCUAAAAGACCCACAGCUUGAUCUUGCUGUGGAAAGUUGUCUGAAGUCCCUGCUCCUUGCUUUCUGCUGUGAUAAUCACCAAGAUGAGAGAACUCUGCAAAAUCUGAUGUCAAGGGAAUUCCCGCAUGGUCAACGUCCAUCAAUCAUUGUAAAUGAGUUCCGAGACCGAGUUUAUGAUGUCUCACAACGUGCUGCUCACCAUCCUAAUUACCCAACUGUAUUCACUGCUUUGGAGAUUGAAAACCCUGUGGUUGCCAACUGCCUGAUUGACAUGAGGGGAAUCGAAACAGUGCUACUCAUUAAGAAUAAUAGUGAGGCUCGAGAGGUAAUGCAGAAGAGACAACCACCCAGAAACUGCAGAGAAGCUUUUACUGCGGAUGGAGACCAAGUGUUUAAAAACCGCUACUAUUCAUCAGACUUUGUCCGAUCCAAAUACCUGAGCCGAGACGUGGACGUGGAAAUCGGGCACUUGGAAGGAGAAGUCCAAAAUGUGUCCUCCCAACUAUACACAAUGCAGCAAAGGGUUCUUUCCUUAAAAAGUGAUAUCAUGAAAAAUGAAACCCUUCUACAGCAGCAUCAUGGCACAAAGAAAACGAUACAGGACCAACUCAGAAAAUCUAAUGCUCGUAUAACAGAUCUGGAAAGUGUAGAGGAGCCGUCAUCUAAUGACAUUUCAACAUUGGAAAUUGAAUUGCAGGAAGACAAGAGAAAGAUUGAGCUGGUGAGGUUUCAGAUGGAGGAGACUCAGAAGAGCAUGGAACACCUAAAAUCUCUGCUUGUGAACUCUGAGUGUCAGUAUGAGAACAUAAAAAAGAAAAUCAGUUCUGUGUCUGAGUUGGCGGAUCCAGUAAAGGAAGAACUUCAUAAAGCAGAGCAAGAGGUAGAUAAUUGUAAGCGUCAUAGGAAACAUUAUGAGGAAAAGCUCCGCCAGCAUUUGCAGGGAAUAGAGAAAAACAAGCGUGAGUUGAGGGUCAAAGAAAGUGACUUGGAGGGUAAAAUCUCUCAAGCAAAGCAGAUUUAUCCUGAAAGAAUUGAAGUCACUCAAAGUGCUAAAAGUCUGGAUGCAGAAAUUAACAAACUGAGAGCAAAGAUCAACUCAGAGCGCGAACUUCAUGGAAAUCGAGAAGAGAUUAUAAAAGAAUACCAUGCCUCAAAAGAGAAAUAUCAGGAAAUGGAUAGUAAAGUUAAAAAUCUUAAGAAGUUUGUUAAACUGUUGGAAGACAUAAUGACACAGCGAUAUAAAAUGUACCAGCAAUUCCUCAGAUAUCUAAGUUUGCGAUGCAAGUUUUACUUUGACUCCUUACUUUCCCAGCGAGGCUACUCUGGAAAAAUCUCAUUUGACCACAAGAAUGAGACGCUCUCUAUUACCGUCCAGCCUGGAGAAGUCAGUAAGGCUUCAUUAUCUGACAUGAGAUCCCUAUCUGGAGGCGAACGAUCAUUCGCAACUGUUUGUUUUGUUCUUUCUCUAUGGUCGAUUGCUGAAUCGCCUUUCCGAUGUCUGGAUGAAUUUGAUGUAUACAUGGACAUGGUGAAUAGACGGAUAUCCAUGGACAUGAUACUUACCAUGGCCGAUUCUCAGAGGUUUCGCCAGUUCAUUCUUUUAACCCCACAGAAUAUGAGCUCCCUGCCAUCCAGCAAUCUCAUCCGAAUUCUUCGAAUGCAAGAUCCUGAACGAGGACAAACUACAUUACCUUUUUUGCCAACGAACCAGCAAGAUGAGGAAACAGAAGAUUAAAUUCUUCAGCAUGCUGCCUGAAGACCCUACCUAAGUGAAUGGAGAAGAUUAUAGUCCAUUUUAAAUGCUGUUUGUCACAAUUUCAGACAUAUCAAACAGAACAUAGGCUGAAAAAGGCACCAGUAGAGGUUACCUUCUGUGAAAUUUUGAUUAUUAAAAAAA